UCUACAUAAUCCUCAGCUAGCGCUUGUUGCUUGCUUUGCCGAGUCGUGUGCUAGCUGUUACGAGAGGGCCAUGGCGAGCACCAAGAAGCUGCAGGAGAGGGUGGUCCUCGGAAGAACGGCAUGGUUACUCGCCGAGUUCGCCAUCCUCUUCCUCCUCCUCGCCCUCAUCGCCCGCCGCGCCGCGUCGCCUCAAGGCGCGACGUCGCCGUGGCUCGGCACGCUCGCGCUGGUCUGCGAGGCGUGGUUCGCGUUCGUGUGGGCGCUCAACAUGAACUGCAAGUGGAGUCCCGUCCGGUUCGACACGUACCCGGACAACCUCCUCCCGGAGGAGCUCCCGGCGAUGGACAUGUUCGUCACCACGGCCGACCCGCUGCUGGAACCGCCGCUGAUCACCGUCAACACCGUGCUAUCGCUACUCGCCCUCGACUACCCAGACGUCGGCAAGCUGGCGUGCUACGUCUCCGACGACGGCUGCUCGCCCGUCACCUGUUACGCGCUGCGCGAGGCUGCGGACUUCGCCGCCCUCUGGGUGCCCUUCUGCAAGAGGCACGGCGUCGGGGUCAGGGCCCCGUUCAUGUACUUCGCUUCGGCACCGCUGGAGAUUGGCACGGGCGACGAGUUCAUGGAGAGCUGGGCAUUCAUGAAGAGCGAGUAUGAGAAGCUGGUCACCCGAAUCGAGAACGCCGACGAGGGAUUCAUUCUGCGGGACGCUGAGUUCGCUGACUUCAUCGACACCGAGCGCAGGAACCAUCCUACAAUCGUCAAGGUUCUCUGGGAUAACACCAAGAGCAGAAGAACAGGGCAAGGAUUCCCAAAUCUGGUGUACGUCUCGAGAGAGAAGAGCCUCAAACAUUACCACAACUUCAAGGCCGGCGCCAUGAAUGUUCUGACAAGGGUGUCAGCUGUGAUGACCAACGCGCCCAUCAUGCUCAACGUGGACUGCGACAUGUUCGCCAAUAACCCGCAGGUCGCCCUGCACGCUAUGUGCCUACUCUUGGGGUUCGACGACGAGAUCGAGAGCGGGUUCGUCCAGACGCCGCAGAAGUUCUACGGUGCCCUCAAGGAUGAUCCCUUCGGAAACCAGUUGGAGGUUGGAUUCAAGAAACUUGGAGGUGGAGUCGCUGGGAUCCAAGGAAUUUUCUACGGUGGGACUGGCUGUUUUCACCGCAGGAAAGUCAUUUACGGGAUGCCGCCACCAGAUAAAAUCAAACACGGGAGACCAGUGUCACCAUCUUACAAGCAGCUCCAAAUCAAGUUUGGGGGCUCAAAGGAACUCAUAGAAUCAUCUAGGAACAUCAUCUCAGGAGACGUGCUCGCUAGACCAACAGAAUCCAUAUCGAGUCGCGUUGAAGUGGCAAAACAAGUAGGCGCUUCCAGCUAUGAGGGAGGCACAUGUUGGGGUCAGGAGAUUGGCUGGGUCUAUGGAUCGAUGACAGAAGACAUGCUGACCGGGCAGCGAAUCCAUGCGAUGGGUUGGAAAUCGGCGUUGAUGGACACCAACCCACCGUCAUUCUUGGGAUGUGCUCCCACUGGCGGACUAGCAAGCCUGACCCAGUACAAGAGAUGGGCGACAGGGCUUCUGGAGAUACUCAUCGGCCGGAACAGCCCAAUCCUUGGCACCGUCUUCAGGCGCCUCCAGCUUCGGCAAUGCCUUGCCUACAUGUUCUUAUAUGUGUGGCCCAUUAGGGCGCUUUUCGAGCUGUGCUACGCUCUACUGGGACCUUUCUGCCUACUCACAAACCAGUCUUUCUUGCCCAAGGCAACAGAUGAAGGUUUCCGCAUCCCACUUGCUCUGUUCUUGACCUACAACAUCUACAACUUGAUGGAGUAUAAGGAAUGCGGGCUCUCAGCCCGUGCCUGGUGGAACAACCACAGGAUGCAACGCAUCACCUCGGCCUGUGCCUGGCUCCUCGCUUUCCUCACCGUGCUCCUCAAGACCAUGGGACUCUCCGAGACCGUGUUCGAGGUCACGCGCAAGGAAAGCAGCAUGUCCGAUGGUGGCGCCAGCCCUAACGACGUUGAUAAGGGGCUUUUCACCUUCGACUCGUCGCCCAUCUUCAUCCCAGUGACCACACUCUCAAUCUUGAACAUUGUUGCAAUAGUUGUUGGGGCAUGCCGUGUCGUUGUCGGGACGGCGAGGGGAGCUCACAGUGACCCAGGAAUUGGAGAGUUCGUGUGUUGUGUCUGGAUGAUGUUGUGCUUCUGGCCAUUCGUGAGAGGGCUUGUCAGCAGUGGAAGGUACGGAAUCCCGUGGAGUGUCAAGAUAAAGGCUAGUUUGAUUGUGUCUGUGUUUGUACACUUCUGCACAAGGAACUAACAUGUGGGCCAUCGAAAUAUUGGAAGCA